AUGGAGAGACUUCAGAGAUUUUGGAUAAAUGUACAACUUGAUUGUGUAUUCUGCGGCAUAGUUGAAAAAGAAAGUAAAGAGGCAUAUUGCAGCUACAAGGCUGCAACACUGCGAUGGAAAGGGGAGGACGCUGCGGCGGCGGAUGAAGGAGGCCACUUUCAUCGUCCUUCGCAUGAAAAGUGACAGGCGUUUACGAAACGUGUCCAGGAAGUUCUCCAGCUCCGAACUGAAACAGAACAAGUAACACCUCCGAAAAAGAAACUAAAAGAGAAGACAUCGAGUAGUUUACUUAAGAAACACAUAAUGAAUAGCCAGAAAGAGAAGCAGGAAGGGGAGGGCUCAUCGUCGACUACUCUUGAUACUACUUCCGAAAGCGAUGAUGAAGAUGAAGAAGCAUAUACUUCGUCUUCCGAUGCUAUUUAUGGAGAGAAAUUGGAAGAAAAACCUGAUUUAAUGAAGUUGAUGCUUCAACAUACGUACAAUCAACAGGCGAAUAGUACUUCCCAAAAGUCGAAAAAAAUUGAGUACGAGGUUGUUCACAAAAAUACUAAUGAAAAGAGGAAGAAGAUUGAUAUGUUGUCUAAAGGAAGAGGAAGAACAAAUGGAGUGACUAGGGAUUUAGAAGGAGGGGUUAGAGAGGGGGAAAGGUUUGGGGGUAGUGAUGGGAGUGUUGAUGGUCCAAGGUUUAAGGAUUUAGGAGGAAUGGAUGGAGUACUGGAGGAAUUGAAAAUGGAGGUAAUUGUUCCAUUGUAUCAUCCUUAGUUGACUAAGCAUCUUGGAGUUAGGAUACUCUUCCACGGUCCGCAUGGCUGUCGUAAAACAAAGCUAGCUCAUGCUAUUGCUGAUGAGACUCGUGUUCCAUUUUAUAAACUUUCAGCUAUUGAGUUGGUCUGGAAUUACACUGGGCAUGUUGUUGUUGUUGCAUCAGAAGAGAACAUAAGGGAACUGUUCUCGAAGGCAUACCGAACGGCACCUUCUAUUGUAUUUAUUGAUGAGAUUGAUGCAAUUGCUUCCAAAACAGAAAAUUUACAGAAAGAAAUGGAGCAGCACAUUGUAACACAGCUGCUGAUGUGCAUGGAUGAGUCACAUAGAGUUGUAAAACCUAAUGAUGCAGAGGAAAGUGCUUCUUCUGAUAAAAGAAAUAGUGAAGCAAAAUCAAACGGAUCUAAUCGUGGACCUGGCUAUGUCCUAGUAAUUGGGGCCACAAAUAGCCCUGAUGCUAUUGACCCAACAUUGAGGAGGCCUGGACGAUUUGACCGUGAAAUUGCCUUGGGUAUUCCUGAUGAAAAUGCAAGGGCGCAAAUUUUGUCUUUUCUUACACGUAACCUAAGAGUUGAAGGUGCAUUUGAUGUCAUGAAGAUAGCUAGCUCAACCCCAGGAUUCAUCGGAGCUGACUUGGCUGCUCUAACUAACAAGGAAGGUAACCUGGCAAUGAAAAGGAUAAUAGACGUGAGGAAGGUUGAGCUUUUAGGAGAAUUGGCAGAUGGUGAAGAUGCCGAAGAAUGGUGGAGAAAGCCAUGGUCACCUGAAGAGAUGGCAAAUCUCAGCAUUAAUAUGGCUGAUUUUGAGGAAACAGCUAAAUUGGUUCAACCCUCAUUUAGAGAAGAAGGUUUCUCUGCUAUCCCAAAUGUAAAGUGGGAAGAUGUUGGAGGCCUUCAUUCGUUAAGACAUGACUUUGAUCGUUACAUUGUCAAGCGUAUAAAGAAUCCUAAAGAUUACAUGG